UGAGCGUUAUCUACACCAGAGGGUCUUGAAGAAAUGUCCUUGUGCUGUACCAUACGCCUCUCCGUACGUGAGGUCAACCGCGUUAAAAGAGAAAGAGGACAUGUGAUAUAUCCUUGGGCAAGAGAUGAAACUCUUGAUAAACAGUGUCACGUGGCCUCUUAGCUAUUACGCUUUAUCUCGCUUAGUUUGUUUUUGAUUCGGUUGGUGGAGGGUCGUAGUGUCUCAAGCCAAGGAAAAAGGCCACCUACGAGACACUGCACUUGAAUUCUAGCAUCAAAACAUGGAGGACGUGAUUCCCAUCAUCGAUUUGGACAAGUUGGGAUUGCAAACUGCCAAGUUCGAGGACAUUGAUCAAACUGUUGUGCAUCGCGUUUCGAAAGAACUCGAUUCCGCCUUCUCCACCGUCGGAUUCGUCUACCUGAAAAAUCAUGGAGUCGAUCAGCAAUUGGUAGAUAAUCUAUUUCAACGUUCUAAAUCGUUUUUCCACUUGCCGGAAUCUGUUAAAGAAACUUACCGCUGUGGCGUUGACAAUUGCGAUGGAUACACCGGCAGGGAUGGAGAGAUUUUGGAUACGAGUGCGAGGCACGAAAUCCGAGAGUCGUACGAUGUUGCAUCACCCAACGGUCUUUACCCUGACGAACACGCGCCGGAAUUCCGGCAAGCCAUCAACGAUUUAGCUCCUCCCAUGUGCGAGCUCACCUUUCGUUUGCUCAGCUGCAUGGCAUUAGCUCUAGGAUUGGAUAAGAACUUCUUCGGAGACAGGCACAGUUACAUGUUUAAAGCGGCUGAAAAGAAUCGAACAAUUUUUCGCACCUUGUAUUAUCCAUCGUUGGCUGACACCGAUACGCUGGCCGGAGUAGUGAGGUGCGGAUUACAUUCGGAUUACGGAACGAUUACCUUACUUUUUCAAGAUGAUAUGGGUGGACUUGAGAUUCUAUCGCAAGGCAAAUGGUUCCCCGCUAAACCGAUUCCAGGGACCAUCAUGAUCAACCUGGGUGACAUGAUGCAAUUCUGGACAUCAGAUCGCUACGUGGCCACUGUUCAUCGCGUGGUUGUUCCAGAAGAAGAGAUCCGUCGUCGUACUCCACGCCAAUCUAUCGCUUUCUUUGUUCAUCCGGAUAACGAUGUUAUGAUUGCCCCGCUGGAUGGCUCCGGCAAACAUCAACCGGUGGAUGCUCUCAGUUACGUCAAAUCCAGGCUAAUAGCUUCUAGUUACAAGUGAAACAUGCGCGUUCCAGGUGGCAUUUAAUUGAUCGUCGCUGUUGUCAACGUCCGUCUUUUGAAAAUCUUAUUGAAAUACAUUUGGAUUAACUCUCA